AGGGGUUGGCGAGACCGCCGGUCACGUGGGGCGGGCGCCGCCGCUGCUGCCAGGCGCCGCGGGUCCCGUGCGGUCGGGCCGCCGCUUCGCCGCCCCUCCCCCGUCUACCCCCGCCGCAUGUCGCUGGCGGCGCGCCCCGCUCCCCGUCAGCCGACCGCCACCCGCUGUCGCCGCCUCCUCCUCCUCUACCGCCGCCGCGACCGCAGCCGCUGCCGCCGCCCUUGAUGUGGUUCGGGGCCGGGCGGAGAGAAGAUGCCGCCGUCCAAGUCACGCAAGAUCGCGAUCCUGGGCUACCGGAGCGUGGGAAAAUCUUCACUGACCAUUCAGUUUGUGGAAGGACAGUUUGUUGAUUCGUAUGAUCCAACCAUAGAGAACACUUUUACAAAACUGAUCACAGUAAAUGGCCAAGAAUAUCAUCUUCAGCUGGUGGAUACUGCUGGCCAAGAUGAAUACUCCAUAUUUCCUCAGACGUACUCCAUAGACAUCAAUGGCUACAUUCUUGUUUAUUCAGUCACGUCAAUAAAAAGUUUUGAAGUGAUAAAAGUUAUCCAUGGCAAGUUAUUGGAUAUGGUGGGAAAAGUCCAAAUACCCAUUAUGCUGGUUGGAAAUAAAAAAGACCUGCAUAUGGAACGGGUGAUCAGCUAUGAAGAAGGGAAAGCUUUAGCAGAAUCCUGGAAUGCAGCUUUCUUGGAAUCUUCUGCUAAAGAAAAUCAGACUGCCGUUGAUGUCUUUAAGAGGAUAAUUUUGGAGGCAGAAAAAAUCGAUGGGGCAGCUUCACAAGGGAAGUCUUCAUGCUCAGUAAUGUAAUUCCACUGCAAAACCUGAAAACACUGGGAAUACAUUCUACCUGAAGAAGCAAAACUGCCCAUUCUCUUCAAGGAUAAACUAUGCUUCUUUUAUUUUUAUUUUUAUU